AUGGCUCCAUGCAUCACCUUGACAUAAAACGGUAGGGACUCACCCGACCCGGAUGCCAGACCAACGCAGCAGGCAUGAGCUAACCCUAGAACCCUACUCAAUUCCGCGCCUUCUGAGCCCGACCCCUUCUUUCAAACCCCCCAUUCCCUCCCUCAUUUUCCCGCUUUCUCUCCCUCCUUAAAAAUCCACCCUAAUCUUCCAAACGGCCAAACCCUAUCUCCCUCCUUCUCAACACCACAAAAAAAAAAAAACCUCUAUUUCCCCGUCGCUUAACCCAUUCGCUUCCAAUCAUGAACCGGAGAACCCGAUCCUUAGCCAGGCAUUCCCUGACCGGAACCGAAACCUUCCUAAAGUAUCUCAAACCCGGCGCCCUAGCUCGCCUCAGGGACUCACGGAUCAGCGCCAGAUCGCACCGAAUCAGCUCCCUCUUUCAGAUCUCCCCGUCCUCUCCGCCGUCUAGCGGCGGUCAAACCUUCUCCGCAUCCAUUGACGGCUUCCCUUGCUUCGCGGCGACAGCGAGAGUCUACGGGCCCAGGUGUCUCCAGAGGAAGAAGCUAUUAGCCGCCAAAGGAAUGCUGUUUCUGAAUUCAACACAGUCGGCUCUGGAUUUGGCCGAUCCGGUUGUGGAUUUGUUAACUAGUGAAUGAAACUAGUUUAUUAUGUGAAUUUGAACUCUUUUUUUUUCCUUCCUAUUUUAGCCCUAGGUUGUAGAUUUGGUUACUUCUUUCUUGUUAAAUUGAAAAGAAAAAUGAAACAAAUACUAAUAGUUGUAAUAAAUUUUUAGUUUUCCA